GCAUUGAUCCACACGUACAAGGAUGGCUGUGGUAGAGCCGAGGCUCGGGAUGGAUGGGGACUGGGCACAGUGUGAAAAGGAAGCAGGAAAAAACAAGGAGUAAGAUUGCUGUGUGCAUGCAGAAUGCCAUUCAGUGCCAAGGCAGAGGAGGGCUCAUGACACUUAUAGAGGAGAUGGUCCCUGUUGGUGUCCCCGCCCGGUCAGCAAUGGUUCAAUGAGUCUGAAUAAAAUGAAAUAAUACUACGGUGGUACCAUGGGGCAGAAGAAGAGGCCAUGUCCCAGGUUGCUGGACUACCUGGUAAUCGUAGGUGCAAGGCAGCCAAGCAGUGACAGUGUUGCCCAGACACCUGAGCUCCUUCGGCGUUACCCCCUCGAGGACCAUCCAGAAUUUCCACUGCCACCCGAUGUGGUAUUUUUCUGCCAGCCAGAGGGAUGUCUUAGUGUACGGCAAAAGCGGAUGAGCUUGCGGGAUGAUACUUCAUUUGUGUUCACGCUCACUGAUAAGGACAGCGGCGUCAUACGUUAUGGAAUCUGUGUUAAUUUUUAUCGCUCCUUUCAAAAACGCCUUCCGAAAGACAAAAGCAGAAAACAGCCUAAGCCAGCAGCUCCUGAGAAUGGGUCUGAAGGCUCGGAUGGUGGCUAUUCUUUACAGGCUCCGAGUGCAGAGUCUACUCCAGAUAUCAAUCACUCUCCUCGAGGGAAACGUCUGUCCAAAGGAGCACAAAGGUCACGCAAUAGCACACUCACAUCUCUUUGUAUCAUCAGCCACUAUCCCUUCUUCUCCACCUUCCGGGAAUGCCUGUAUACUCUCAAGAGGUUGGUUGACUGCUGCAGUGAUAGGCUGGUCAGCAAGAAGGCUGGAAUAUCCAAGGGUGUCACAAGAGACACCAUGUGGAGGAUCUUCACUGGCUCUUUACAGUUAGAAGAAAAGUCAAACGUUCUCCUUCAUGACUUAAGGGAAAUAGAAGCUUGGAUUUAUCGCCUGUUGAGAUCUCCCACUCCAGUGCCUGGCCAGAAGAGGGUUGAUGUGGAAGUCCUACCCUUAGAUCUGCAACCAUCCUUGACCUUUGCCCUUCCCGACCCUUCCAGAUUCUCCCUGGUGGAUUUCCCCCUACACCUACCCUUGGAGCUUCUUGGAGUGGAAGCUUGUUUACAAGUCUUGACCUGUAUUAUGCUGGAACAUAAGGUGGUGCUCCAAUCUCGGGACUACAAUGCAUUGUCUAUGUCCGUCAUGGCGUUUGUAUCAAUGAUCUAUCCACUUGAAUAUAUGUUUCCUGUGAUUCCUCUACUUCCUACUUGUAUGGCCUCUGCAGAACAGCUGCUCUUGGCGCCUACCCCAUACAUCAUAGGAGUUCCGGCCAGCUUCUUUCUUUACAAGUCUGACUUUAGGAUGCCAGACGAUGUGUGGUUGGUAGACCUGGACACCAACAGGGUUGUGGCUGCCAGCAAUGCAGAACAUCUGCCUCCUCUCCCAGAACCAGAAGCUUCAGAACUCAAGAAGCACCUGAAACAGUGUCUGCACAGCAUGUCCGUGAUCACGCAGCAGCGCCUUCUCGCCUCAGAUAACAAGGCUCUGGCCAGUAUGAGUCUCAACACACAGCCCAUCCUAAACUUGGACAGAUUUCAUGAGGGGUCAGAGGCAGCCAUGCUCCGGCCUCACAAUGAUGCCCAGGGUACACCCUCUACAGAAUUCAACCCCCUUAUUUAUGGAAAUGAUGUGGAUUCUGUGGAUGUGGCAACACGGGUUGCUAUGGUCCGGUUCUAUAACUCUCCCAACAUGUUACAAGGUUUCCAGUAUCAUACACGUACUCUUCGCCUCUUCCCUCGCCCCGUGGUGGCUUUCCAGGGUUCAUCCUUCCUGGCUUCUCGUCCCAAGGCUUCUGUCUUUUGCGAGAAACUUUCCAAAACACAAGCAGUGGAGUACUUUGGAGAAUGGUCUCUAAACCCCACUAAUUUUGCCUUUCAGAGGAUCCACAACAAUAUGUUUGACCCAGCAUCUAUUGGAGAUAAGCCUAAGUGGUAUGCACACCAGCUGCAGCCCAUCCAUUAUCGUGUUUAUGAUGCGAAUUCACAGCUUGCUGAAGCACUCAGUGUCCCAAUGGAACGGGAUAGUGAUUCAGAUCCUACUGAUGACAGUGGCAGCGACAGUGUAGAAUAUGAUGACUCCAGCUCUUCAUACUCUUCCCUUGGAGAUUUUGUCAGUGAAAUGAUGAAAUGUGACAUAAAUGGUGACACACCAAAUGUAGACCCUCUAACACAUGCAGCAUUGGGAGAUGCCAGUGAAGUGGAAUUCGAUGAUUUCCAUGAGUACUCCGGAGAGGUGGAAGAAUCGGCACCGGAUAGUGAGAACUCUCCUGAUAACAACCAGCCGCGGUCAAGUUCUAGUACCACAGCCAGCAGCAGUCCCAGCACUGUUAUCCAUGGAGCCAACACACAAGAAUCUGCCGAUUCCACUGAGCCUGAUGAGAAGGUUUUAGGGGUCCUGCAGAAUCACUUACCUGCCUUGCCACCCUCAUUCAACCGACUGGUUAUGGAACGACGUGAAAGUGAGGCAUCUAUCGGUGGAGAUAUACGAAGACGCGAGUAUGACAAUCCCUACUUUGAGCCACAGUAUGGAUUUCCACCAGAAGAGGAGAACGAAGAUCGGGAGGAAAGUUACACCCCAAUGUUUAAUCAGGCUGUCAAUGGUACCCGAUCCCAGAAGCCUCUUCUACGACCAAACAGCCUGAAGCUAGCCAGUGAUUCUGACGCAGAAACAGAUUCUCGAGGGAGCUCGCCUACCUCAACCGUGUCCAACAACAGUAGCAAUAAUGAAGGCUUUGGAGGGAUUAUGUCCUUUGCAAGUAAUCUAUACAAGAGUCACAGUAGUAGCUUCAGCUUGUCAAGCUUAACCCUUCCAACCAAGGGCAACCGAGAUAAGGCUACUCCAUUUCCCAGCUUAAAAGUAUUUGGGCUUAAUACUAUAAUGGAAAUAAUUGCAGACUCCGGGCCCGCCCCUGCAGAAGCCAGCAACAGGCGAGCGCUUGUAGAUCACAAAUCUUCAGUUAUAAAACACAGUCCAACAGUAAAAAGGGAAUCUCCUUCUCCUCAGGGCAGAGCAAACAAUUCCAGUGAAAACCAGCAAUUUCUCAAGGAGGUGGCAGUAAGUGUCCUAGAAGGACAGGGAGUUGGUUGGCUUAACAUGAAGAAAGUUCGCAGAUUACUAGAAAGUGAGCAGCUCCGUGUCUUUGUCCUGAGCAAACUAAACCGGUCCAUCCAGACAGAAGAGGAUGCACGGAAUGAUGUCAUUCAAGAAGUAGAGAUCAGCAAAAAAGUAUACAAGGGAAUGCUGGAUUUGCUGAAGUGUACAGUAUCUAGUUUGGAGCAGUCUUAUGCAAACGCUGGGCUGGGUGGCAUGGCCAGUGUCUUCAGCCUCUUAGAAAUUGCUCACACACACUACUACAACAAAGAAUCUGAGAAAAGGAAGCACAGUCCUUCAGCUGAUGGCACUGUGACCCCCGUGUCUAGGGAUUCUGUCACCAUCCCACGAGGAGAGUCUCGGCCUACCCCUCAGCUGCCAGCCCAGCAGCUGCUCCCCCGUCCAUCAGGUCCCCCUGGCCGGGGGGCUCGAGAGUUUGACACUCGGAGUCUCAAGGAAGAGAAUUUUGUUGCCUCCAUUGAAUUGUGGAACAAGCACCGAGAAGUGAAAAAGCAAAAAGCUAUGGAUAAACAGAGCACUGAGCAGCCUAAACAGGUGCUAGACAAUGCUGACACUGAAGAGAAGCGGUCUCAGAUAAGUGCAGACAGCGGCUUAAGCGUCACGUCUGGAUCUCAGCAGCGGAGUGAUUUGGAUGGUGUCGGUUCGGGACCUGCUAUUCUUAUCCGAAGCAGCAGUCAGGAUUCUGAAAUCAGCACAGUGGUUAGUAACAGCUCUGGUGAAACUCUGGGAGCAGACAGUGAUCUGAGCAGCAAUGCAGGAGACACAUUGGGAGGACCAGGGGGAGGGCGGCUUUCAGGAUCCAGAGGCGCUGUAUCUGACAGUGAAAUUCAGAUGAGCUCUGCUACCGGGACCAUAUUUGUGAAGCCACAGGUGUUGCGUCCUGGAGAGAGGGAUAGCAAUGCCAGCCCAGGACGUCCACCACAAGAUGUCAGUCAACGCAUUUACCUGUAUGAAGGUCUUUUGGGAAGAGAUAAGGGUUCAGUCUGGGACCAGCUUGAAGAUGCAGCGAUGGAGACCUUCUCUCUGAGUAAAGAACGUUCCACACUCUGGGACCAAAUGCAGUUUUGGGAAGAUGCAUUCCUUGAUGCUGUAAUGCUAGAGAGAGAAGGAAUGGGUAUGGACCAAGGACCUCAGGAAAUGAUAGACAGGUAUUUCUCUUUGGGAGACCAUGACCGGAAGCGUUUAGAAGAGGAUGAGGAUCGCCUGCUGGCUACUCUUCUGCACAAUAUGGUGGCUUACAUGGUGAUGGUUAAGGUAAACAAGACAGAUCUGCGGAGAAAGGUUCGCCGACUCCUGGGAAAGUGUCACAUUGGUUUAGCACACAGUCAGCAAAUCAACGAGCUGCUGGACAGAGUGUCUGAUUUGAAUGGUCGUGACCUCAGCAUUCGACCUAGUGGAAGCCGUCAUAUCAAGAAGCAGACAUUUGUGGUGCAUGCUGGAACUGACACAAGUGGAGACCUUUUCUUCAUGGAAGUCUGUGAUGACUGCAUUGUGUUACGCAGUAACAUUGGGGCUGUAUAUGAGCGCUGGUGGUAUGAAAAGCUUAUUAACAUGACCUACUGUCCAAAGACCAAAGUACUUUGCUUGUGGCGAAGGAAUGGACAGGAGACACAACUGAAUAAGUUCUUCACUAAAAAGUGUCGGGAGCUGUACUACUGUGUAAAGGAAAGUAUGGAGAGAGCGGCAGCCCGGCAGCAGAGCAUUAAGCCAGGCCCAGAGCUUGGUGGAGAGUUCCCAGUUCAAGACAUGAAAACUGGGGAAGGGGGUCUUCUUCAAGUGACCCUGGAAGGCAUUAACCUGAAAUUCAUGCACAGUCAGGUUUUUAUACAGCUGAAUCACAUUAAAAAGUGUAACACUGUACGGGGCGUCUUUGUCUUGGAGGAAUUUGUUCCUGAAACUAAAGAAGUGGUGAGCCACAGAUACAAGACACCUAUGGCCCAUGAGAUCUGCUAUUCCGUCCUUUGUCUCUUCUCCUACGUGGCUGCCAUUCGAGGAAAGGAAGCGGAGAUGAAGAGCAGACCCCCUCGGCCUGUGUCCAGUUGACCUCUCCUAAAAAGCUUCUCCUGAUCACACACUCCUCCCAUGUCUGCUAUGCCUCUUGUCCCUUAUCAUUGGAAUUGCUGACAGCUGUUACGUGGGCGUUCUGCUGUAACAUUCUUUCUCUUAUAUCUGGAGCCUGCACAAAUUCCCUUGUAGUAAAUGUGUUGUGACAGCAUUUUACUGCCCCUGUUCCCCUCUACCCGCUUUUGUGCAGUGUGCUUUGUGUUAUUGGCGAUCUGUGUGAUGAGUAUAACACAACUCUUCCAGGACCAUACAAAUGUUGUGUUCCUCUACAUCCCUGCGGUUUGCUAGUGUUUUUGUCGCUGACUGAUAGUAUAGGGCUGGCUCCAGGCUGCUUCAUUUCAUGGUGACAGGGAAACAUUCAGGUUUUCCCAUACUUCCCUGUGUCUGAUUAUGGAGCAGAAAAAGCUUUUAGAUGUGAGAACAGAACUGCUGCACCUCUUGGUCUUCUAGCAUCUAAAGGGUUCACAUUUUGUGGAUAUUAAAACUACUGUGGAAUCCUAAGGUACAGAGUGUAAAUAUUCUUUAAUGUAAACGCAGCGCUCUCCCCUUCCCGGCACUGCCCACCACUGCAUGGAGAGCACGAUGUAAAUAUCCAGGUCUUUCUUAUUUAUAGAAAUCUGUACAGAUCCUGAAUGUGCAAUAAACUGGCAUUCUGAUGCUG